GCGGUCCGCAGCAGUUGGUUCUCGUCGGACGGAUAUACCCAGUUUCCUGAACCGUCUCCAAAAAAGAAACCUUCACCAUGGCCGAAGUCACAGCCCGCACAGUGCUCUGGUACAUGACGUUCAUGGGUUUCAUUGUGAACUACAUGAUCCGGAUCAAUCUGAGCAUCACCAUUGUGGACAUGAUUGUGGGCCACGGUGCACCAGCUGCGGCUAAUGCUUCCCUGGCGAGCUCCUCUGCAUUGGCUGCUCUUCCGGAGAUCACAGAGAGAUCAUUCUCGCUGGAGCGCUGGUUUUUGGACUGGGCAAAUAUUCCGUACGAGAAGGAGGGCUUCCAGUGGACUGGGGAGCAGCAGGGUGCACUGCUCGGAUCCUUUUUCUGGGCUCACUGGACCCUGCAGAUUCCUGGUGGGAUCUUGGCCCACAAGUAUGGCACCAAGUUGAUUUUCGGCUGGGCCAAUGGCAUUGGUGUCUUUUGUUGCUUUUUGAUACCGAUUGUCUCCUACUGGAGUUAUACGGGAUUGAUAGCUCUUCGUGUCUUCCAGGGCUGGAUAACGGGUCUGGCCUGGCCAUCGAUGCACGUCCUCACUGCCAAAUGGAUCCCUCCCAACGAGAGAAGCAAGUUCGUGAGCGCAUACUUGGGUAGCUCGGUUGGCGUGGCUUUUUUUUAUCCGAUCUUUGGUUACAUCAUCGACUGGACCAGCUGGGAGUGGGUGUACUAUAUCUGCGGCAUUGUGGGCACUCUCUGGUUUAUUGCCUGGCAGUAUCUGGUUUUCGAUAGUCCUGCCGAGCAUCCUCGCAUUGCUGAUUCCGAGAGGCGUUACAUUGAAAAGUCUUUGGGAGCUUCCGUUCAGAAUUCCAGUCCUGGUCCUAUCCCCUGGGAGGAGAUUGCCACUUCGCUCCCAGUUUGGUGCAAUGUGGUGGCUCAGUGGGGCGGUAUCUGGGGCCUCUUUACUUUGAUGACCCACGCACCGACCUAUUUCUGGCUCAUCCAUCACUUGAACAUCCGAGCGACGGGCUUCCUGUCGGGACUGCCACAUCUUAUGAGGAUGCUCUUCGCCUAUGUCUUCUCCAUGUUUGCCGACUAUCUGCUCCGUACGGAUCGCCUGAGUCGCACAAAUGUCCGGAAACUGGCCACCUUCACGUGCUGUGGUAUCAAGGGUCUGGUUGUCUUGGCUUUGGCUUACUUUGGUUACAAUGCCACUGCUGCCAUCGUGCUGGUGACUGUGGCCACCAUGUUCCAUGGCGCCGUGUCCUCGGGACCUUUGGCUUCCAUGGUGGAUCUGUCGCCUAAUUAUGCCGGCAUUGUCCUGGGUGUGAGUGGCAUGAUUGGGGGUCUGCCUGGUUUCAUUUCCCCCUUGAUUGUGGGGCAGCUUACUAAUGACAAUCAAACAAUGGAGGCCUGGAAGAAUGUCUUCCUGAUAAGCUCCGCCAUGUUAACCUGCAGUGGAAUCAUCUAUGUGCUCUUCUCUGAGUCCACGUUGCAGCCCUGGAACAGUGGCUGCCAUCAACUGCCCGAUCCAGGACUCAAGGAGCUUCAAAACUUGGGAGCCACUAAGGAAGAUGAGGAGGAAAAGAAACCUUUGAACCCUGAAACCUCUAUCGUCUGA